AUGGUAGGUAGUCCCAAGAAGUUACCUUCUACAACAUUUUCAGCUAAUUGUAGAAGAUAUGGAUAUAGUAGAUCAUUGUAUGAAAGAUUAUUAUCAUGUAAUGUUCCUAGUGUUUUGUUUAAUAUUCAAUACAGUAUGAGACCUGAAAUAAGUUAUUUUACAAAUAAGUACUUUUAUAAUGGAUCAAUUAAAAAUAAUGAAAAUUUAAUAAAUAAGCUAUUUUUUUAUUUUCAUUAUUUAAAUUUAUUUGGAUGUUAUAAAUUUAUUAAUGUUGAUGGAAUAGAAUCUAUAACUUAUAAUAAAUCAUACAUUAACUAUGUUGAAGCUUUUUUUUAUAUCCAAAUUAAUAUUAUAUUUCCAAAAUUUUAUUGAGAAAAAAAAUAAAAAAAAUGAUGUAUUUAAUUUAUAUAUAUUUCCAACUAACUUAAUUUAAAGAAUAUAGAUAUUAUUUGUCCAUAUUAAUCUCAAUUCCCCUUAAUAAAAAAAUGUUUGAAAGAUUAUUUCAUGAUAGUUGCUCUCUAGAAAUAUCAACAGUUGAUGAAUUUCAAGGUAGAGAAAAAAAAUAUAAUAAUUUUUUCAUGUGUAAGAUAUAAUCUACAAUCUAUGGAAAUUUUUAAAAAUAUUGAUGAAUUAAAUGAUAAAAAACUGCUAUCUUUAAAAAAUAAUAAUUAUAUCAAUAAUAAUGAUUUUAAUACUAUAGAAAAAUUUAGGAAUAAUAUUGGAUUCUUAAAGGAUGAAAGAAGAUUAAAUGUAGCUUUAAUAAUAGAAAAAGAUGCUUUAUGGAUAAUAGGAAAUAAAAAAAAUUGUGAAAAAAAACUAUUAAUAGAUACAAAAAUAAAUGUAGUAAAAAUUCAAAUUCCUUUAUUCAAUGUAAAAGAGAAAAUAACUUUAAUAAAACUAAUAAUAUUUGUAAAAAUUAAAUAA